CAGGAUCACGAAAUCGGGAGACCCGCAGCCCCUGGGAAAACGCCACAAGAAAGAGGCGGAAAUCGGCGGCCGAGGGCUCGCCGGCAACCGCGGCGCAUGCGCAGGCCGCCUCCCUCGCGACUCUGUCUCUCGCCGCCUCGCUGGACUCUGCCGCGCGACGCCGAGCGGGACUCUGCCGAUUUUCACCAAAAGCCCCACCAUGUCUGACGCCGAGGACUUCGACGUGCCGGUACGAGCAGAUCCUUCGGUCACAUGGCUGGCAUGUUGGGUGGAGAACAUUCAGGGACAAACAAAGUAUGUUAUGCUCAAUGCCGCUUCUAAGUUGAAAGGUGAGAAGGAUUGGCAAAAAUAUGAGACUGCACGCAGAUUACACCAAACUGUUGACAAGAUUCGUGAGAACUACAGAGCAGACUUCAAGAGCAAAGAGAUGCGUAUAAGACAGAGAGCUGUAGCCCUGUAUUUCAUAGAUAAGUUAGCCCUUCGUGCGGGUAAUGAGAAGGAUGAAGAUCAAGCUGACACCGUGGGCUGCUGCUCGCUUCGAGUAGAACAUAUUACCCUUCAUGAAGAGAAGGAUGGCAAGGAGUAUGUUGUCUCUUUUGACUUCCUGGGUAAAGAUUCCAUUCGUUACCAGAAUGAGGUGCAAGUGGAGAAGAGAGUAUUCAAAAAUUUGCAGCUCUUCAUGGAGAACAAACAAGAUGGAGACGAUCUCUUUGACAGAUUAAAUACGCAAAUUCUGAACAAGCAUUUGAACGAGUUAAUGGAAGGGCUCACUGCCAAGGUCUUCCGUACGUACAAUGCUUCCCGUACUCUGCAAGAGCAACUGGAGUUGUUAACAAGUGAUGAUGACCCAAUUCCAGCUAAGAUUCUAGCUUACAACAGAGCUAACCGUGCUGUGGCUGUACUGUGUAACCAUCAGCGUGCAGCCCCCAAAACCUUUGACAAAUCCAUGGCCAACUUACAGAAGAAGAUUGAUGACAAGAAAGAGCAGAUUGAUGAAGCUGAGAAGGAGUGCAAGAGCUUGAAGAAGGCAGCCAAGUCUGGUGGAUCUCAGAAGGAGAAGAUGGCCCAUGAGAAGAAGAAGAAGGCAUUGGAGCGCUUGAAAGAGCAGCUAGCGAAACUAGAGAUGUCGGCUACAGACAAGGAGGAGAACAAGACCAUUGCUUUGGGUACGUCCAAGCUGAACUAUCUGGACCCCCGAAUUUCGGUGGCCUGGUGCAAGAAAUAUGGCGUUCCCAUUGAGAAGGUCUAUAAUAAGACUCAGCGCCAGAAGUUCCAAUGGGCAAUUGACAUGGCAACGGCAGAAUACAACUUCAUGGGUGAACCCAUGGACAUUUCCAGGAGUAAUGACUGUGACGAUGGGGGCGAUGAGGAUUAUGAGUGAGGAUUGUGAGUGAACAUUAAGCUUUUAUUACCCAAAAGACUUCCUUUUACAUGACCAAAGACAAGAACAUUUUGUCAGUAUAUCAUUGGUGAGUUGUGCUUCUGAAACAGGCUUUGUCCAUCCUUCUUGGUGAACUAAAUGGAGGUCAGCAAAGCCCUUUGUAUUUUAAGUUAUUCACUAUAUUUAGUGAGGGGAAUGUGCAAAAGGGAGAGAGAACACGGUUCUUCAGAGUUUUUAUUUUAAUGAGGUUUAACGUGUACCUUGAAUAUUUAUUACCUAAAUUUAAACAGUUUUUAAAAUAUUUGUAAGUAGUUUUGCUAAGCUAAAGUAUUUUGUGUGUGAAUUCAUUUUCUAUUCAUUAGGGUAGAGCCCUCCAAUGCCUCGGCCCCAGAUAUUAGCUAUACAGUAAGGUGAUCUAUUGAAUUGUACAAGUAUGUGCCGCAGAGGGUCGGUGAAGUGGCAGUCAAAUAAUAGUUUCUACACCUCAAUAAGUGCAAAUGUAUGUCUGUGAGAUAGCAUAUCUAAAACCACAUUAUAUUUUGUAUGCCUGUUUUAAAGUUCACAACUUUAAAAUUUACAUAUGGUAAAGUGCACCGUCAGUAAUUACAAACUAUUUUUUUUAGUUUGGUAUAUUUAUGAAUUUUUACAGGUUUUAGGUUAUCAAUAUUUUCACGAAUGGACUAACUGUAUUGAGCAGUGUAUAGGUAGGUAUAGGAAAGAAAUUUUUUAGUAGGAUUAAUUCGUUUCCUGAGCUUGUAGGUAUUUAUUUAUCACUUAUUUUUACAAGCUCCAGUGGCAAGACACUGCUCACUCAAGGUGCAGAAACUUCAGUUUGAACAAUUUACUUCGAUUUUUUUUUUUUCAUUUUUCAAUUGUUUGCAUCAAGCUGAGCUG